AUGUCUACGGAGCAUAGGGAACGGGCCGGUUCCUUUUCGUCAUCUUCCCCCGACACGCCGACCUUCGACGACGACGAUAAACUUGCACGCCUCGAUCGAACACGAGAAGGCGAUGAGGAGAAGCUGAGGGUGCCGCCCGGGGAACUAGAUACACGGAACGGCGAAGAAGACGGUUUAAUUCCCAAGGAAGCAGAACCUCAGCAUGAGACAAGUCCGCCGAGCACUUCGCUCGCUUCGUCGCUAGCAUGGAUGGCCAUCAAUACGCUCGCGACAAUUGGAAUUGUGUUCACCAACAAAGCCAUCUUCACGGACCCUUCACUUAAGCUCGUCCAGCUCACGUUCGCAGCCUUCCACUUCUUCAUCACAUGGCUCACACUGUUCAUCAUCUCGGGGCCCAGGUUCGCCUUCUUUGUGCCGCGGAGAACAUCGCUGGGGGACAUCAUACCGCUAUCGGUGGCCAUGUCGCUCAAUGUGAUCCUACCGAACCUAUCGCUCGCCUUCUCGAGCGUCACCUUCUACCAGGUCGCGCGGAUCCUGCUGACGCCCACCGUCGCCGCCAUGAACUUUGUGCUCUACAAGGCGACGCUGCCGCGCGACGCUCUUAUCUCCCUGGUGCCCGCCUGUCUCGGCGUGGGCAUGGUGUCGUACUUUGACUCGCAGCCCAACGGCAACGCGAACAUCCAGACGACGUCGCCGCUGGGCGUGGCCUUUGCCUUCGCCGGCAUCUUCGCCUCGUCCCUCUACACGGUCUGGAUCGCCAGCUACCACCGCAAGCUCAAAAUGUCGAGCAUGCAGUUGCUCUACAACCAGGCCCCCGUGUCCGCCAUCCUGCUGCUCUAUGUCAUACCUUUCGUGGACACGUUCCCCAUCUGGACCAGCGUCAAAGCUGAGCGCUGGCUCAUGAUUCUCAUGAGCGGCGGCUUCGCCUCCCUAAUCAACAUCUCGCAGUUUUUCAUCAUCGCCCAGACUGGCCCCGUCUCUAGUACGGUUGUGGGCCACGUCAAGACAUGCACCAUUGUCGCGCUCGGGUGGAUGAUUUCAGGCCGCGCCAUCGGCGACAAGGCCGUGCUAGGCGUCUUCGUUGCCGUAGGGGGCAUUAUCGCCUACUCCAUUGUCAUGCUCCGAGAAAAACUCAGAGAGGCUUCCCAAGCCAGAUGA